GUAUUCUUAGAAAAAAAUAGACAAACAAGUGUUUAUCGUUUACUUCACUCAGAAAGUCUUCCUAAAUUCCAUAACUUCAACUUCUCUAAUUUUCAACAAAAUAUUGACAUUUGACCAGUCUAUACUAAAGUACAAAAUAAGAACUCUAUAAAUAGGGCACAGUUGAGAGAAUACCUCAUUUAAAGAAAACGAUUUUUAAAAGAUCAAGAAAUCUAAAUCAUCAAGAAAUUAAUCAUCAUGGAGAAAAUACUCUUCAUUGCUGUCAUAGCAUGUGCAGUCAUAAGCUUCUCCAAGGCUGAUGACAUCUCAAAGAAGGUAGAACAUGCGCUAAGGCAGAAGAGAUCUUUAGUAGACUAUGGCAGGUGGUGUGGUCCUGCAAAUACCCCUAUAGGCAACCGUGGAUGUUCAUGUAGUACAGGCAAACAGACAUGCAGGCGGAGAUAUCCACCAAAAGAUGGCUUAGAUGCUGCCUGUGUAAAUCAUGACUUUUGCGCACACUGUUCAGACAUUGCUGGAAAGAGUAUUUUGCGUUACUGCCAUUGUGAAGAGAGAAUCUACAGUGAAGCUAGGCGAGCAACUUGCCGCACAGUGCAGUGUAGACUUUAUAAAGCAUCGGUUCAAACUUUAUUUGGGAACAUACCUUGCAUGUGUGGAAGACGGGUAGUUAGUAAUUUCAGAAGAUGUUAAAACUGUGAAAAUAUGUGGAAUAGACCAACUGAAUUCUACAUUCUAUUAAUGGAUAUGACAUCACUGGUACAAUUUAACAGCAAACAUAUGUGAUUACCUCACUUUAUUUUGAAGACUUCUUUGAAUAUAGUUAGGAACAGUUUGACAUUACAGUCUAGACAAUAUUCUCUUACUUCUUUAGUUCAGAAAUAGAUGAAAUGAUUUAUUAACAGCUCUAUAAAAACCAGACACAUAGAAGUAGAAAACCGCAUUGCUUAACAGUAGAGGGAUCAAACACUGAAACUUGGGAUUUCAACAAUUAAAAUAAUUUUUCUUUAUUAUUAUAAAGCAUCGAAAAAUUGAAAUAACUGAAAUAAU